GAUGCUCUGGGGUUUCUCAGCAGGCCUGUGAAGAUGAGUGUGACAUCAUGGUUCCUGGUAAGCAGUUCGGGGACUCGACACCGCCUCCCCCGAGAGAUGAUUUUUGUGGGCCGAGAGGACUGCGAGCUGAUGCUUCAGUCUCGCAGUGUGGACAAACAGCACGCUGUCAUCAACUACAACCCGACCACUGAUGAACACCUGGUGAAGGACCUGGGCAGCCUCAAUGGGACAUUUGUAAACGACCUUCGGAUUCCUGAUCAGACCUACAUCACCCUCAAACUGUCCGACAUCAUCCGCUUCGGAUACGAUUCUCACGUCUACGUUCUGGAGAAAAGUCAACACAAAGUCCCAGAGGAGGCCCUAAAGCAUGAGAAGUACAGCAGUCAGCUGCAGAUGAGCCUAAAGCCUUCAGAGGGGAAGAAGAGUGACGUGGAUGAGCGGGCGAGAGGCGAGAAAGCGCAGAGUACCAAGAGCCUCGCACAGGAGGCGCCGGUGUGUCGGCCCACUCCUUUGUAUGGCCAGCCUUCCUGGUGGGGAGAGGAGGAUUAUGGGAGUAAAGUCCAAACCAGCGAUGAGCCACAUUCAGAUGUUCAGAAAGACGCUCCCUCUGCAGAUCCAGAAUUUUCUGCAUCGCUGUCAGACUGUCAGCCAAAGUCCGCCUUCCCUUCGUACCACCGUGAGCCGAGCUACUUUGAGAUCCCCACCAAGGACUUCCAGCACCCUAAGUCCUCAGGCGCGGAGCUCCAUGAGAUCCCCACCAAGGACACUGACACGCCCCCGGCCCCACCCUCACUUCCCACUCCGACUCCGCCUGUCGUUCAGAGCCAUGCCUCCUUUACCAUUGAGUUUGAUGAUUGCAUGCCUGGGAAGAUCAAGAUUAAAGACCACAUCACCAAGUUCUCCACUCGCCAGAGGAAGCUGCAGGCUACACCCACCAAGACAGCCAUCAUGGCCACACCUGCAGAGGUGAUGUCAGCAGAGAGCAAGGUGGCUGACUGGCUGGUCCACAGUGAUGUAAGCAUGAUGAAGAGACGCCCACCGUCUGAAGACGUUUACAGCACCAAGAGUGACCUCGCCAUGAACAUCAAGACCCUGAAAGGUCACCACCAUGAGGAUGGGACCCAGAGUGACUCAGAGGACCCAGUUCUCAAAGGAAGGGGUAAAUCCCACCACUCGGUCCGCACUGAGCACUCUAUGCAAUCAGAGCUGUCCCAGGCGUCGCAGCAGGUCAUCCAAUCAGGCCAGUCCAUCCAUAGUCAGCUACACCAACCACUGCAGUAUGCUCCACCCAGACCGGCCUCUGCCUCACCCGUAGCCCCUGAGAGGCCCCUGUCCCAGAGUCCUCCUAAAGCUCUGUCACCCACCGAAUUUCCCAAACAGGCGCCCCCCGAGCACCUCACUCAGCAAGCUUUCAUCAUUGAGUUCUUUGAUGACAACCCACGCAAGAAGCGCUCUCAGUCCUUCACCCACAACCCCGCCCAUGCUGACUCGUACUCCACACUCAGAGCCAAGUUGGAGCGGCGGAAAGGCAGCGAGAGGCCGGCAUCUGUGCACGGCCACAUCCCUCCCACACAGCAGGUGACGGUUCCUCUGAAGAGUCAGAGCCAUGGCGGCCCUCAGAGGUCAAGCUCUCUGAAGAGAGAAAAGACUGAGGGGGAGGCGGCUUCGUCGGCUUCCUCGUCUCGCUCCUCAUCGGGCAUCAUCAUCCGUAUGCUGUAUGAUAAUGAUGUAACCGUUGUGUUCCUGCCUAUAACACAUAUGUGGCACACACGUACUACACAUUUACAGCGUCUAGCAAAAACAUCCACAAUGAUGACAAUAUCUGAACUAAAAACAGAAACAUCAGUGUGGCUAAUACCCUUUUCCCUUGCAAACUCAAGAAAGGUUUGUGUGGGGGGCUUUCGGAGGGACCCAAAACACUGUCUGUAAGCCUCUGAGAAUGGCACUCCAUACCUUAUCAUACACCAAACUGUCCUCAAGGUGCGAGAGCUGCACACACCUGCACCUUACCGACCAGUUUACACUGCAGCGGCAAAGGCCAAACCUCUUUGGGCCAGUGCAGGGCCAGGGCAAUACGUUCAAACGCAUUAAGGGCAUCGCUAGAUGGGUUGGAGAGUGUCCAACCCCCCAACCACAAGAGCUUUCAUAUCUUCUUUUUUCAGCGACCUGGCCACCACAAUACCGUAAUGGGGCGGCAACAGCACAGAGAUCAUCCUUUCAACACCUCCCUAGAUCCUCCACUGAAGGCUGCACAUUAAAAUCCUCUAACCUGAACUGCGCCAUAACCGCCACACACCACGAGAAUAAUCUCGGACAAGUUCCCACUUAUGUUACGCCCGCUCCCUUGCGCUGCUCUGACCGGUGGCCACCCCGGGUUUAAGGGAGGGGGCGUAACAUAUGGCCAUUCACUGAAGCGAGGCCUUUCAUGCAUGUUAGUCUAUGGUAGUACUAACAAGUUUCACUCUGGUAUAAUCCCACACCAACUGGAGCUCAGCCACACUCUUAAAUAGUGUGCUCCUAACGAGGCCAUCAGCUGCAGCUAGUGAUGGGCAGCAGGUGUGGCAGCCUCCAGUGCAGAAACACUUCAGGUGUUGCAAUCCUUCCAGUGACCCAAAACAUCCGGGAACAAACAUAAACAGAGGCAGGGAGACGGAAGAAGAGGGAGAGAACACAACCAACACUAUAUACAGAAAGCAAUACAUUAUCAAGAGGAUCCCCAGCCCGAGGAAAAACAACAAGACACUUACCUCUCCCCAGAGAGGCAAGUGACGGAAGUGAGUUUGUUUCUACAGCAUGUCCAAAUAAUAUAUUCAGUUCUCUGUAACUUGAAUUUAUGUGAUUUUUUUUUUUCUUAUGGGAUCAUUUAAGGGUAAAAUAUAGAUUAUAUAUAUAUUUAUAUAGAUUAUAAUCUGAUAUAUAUAAUUAUAAUCAGAUUAUAAAUAUAUAGUAUAUUUGUGUUCGUUCACAAUAACAUUUCCAUUUCCUCUGAUCUACUGAGUUUUAGAAAUAAUAUUGUACUAUUUAUUAUGUAUAUGAUAUUUAUACGUAGCCAAGACAAUCCUGCAAAUGUAGCUGAUUACAGUGAUUUUAAUAACGAAGCUGCUUUACCACAGGUUCAGAUACUGCAGCAGGACAACAACUUCAUGUCAUCAUCUCUCCUUUAUUGUUAAUAACUGGACUGAAGAGGCAGCAAGAAUACUUGUGAUGUGGAUACGAGUUUUGUACAAUGUUGAAAUACAUAAAGUUUUUGUAUCUUCAAUGUUUUUAAAGAUGUAAAA